UUCAUGCAGCUAGCACAUCAGUUACUUUCUAGUUAGCUGACAGUGAAUUCAAGAAAAAUGAGAAGCAUCUUCGCGGUCGUUUUCGCCAUUGCGCUGGCCUCGGUGCCAGUUAAAGCUGCACCGUCUAGCAGCAAUCCUCCAGCAUCUGUUGAAACUCAAUUGACCGAUUUUAUCAGCCAAGCUCAAACAAACUUCAACGACUUAACCAAGGAACUCCAGGAACGAUUGAACAUACCCGAUCAGGAGACCUUCGUGAAAAAUGUCAAGGAUCAGAGCAGCAAUUUGAUUACCAAUAUUCAAGAGUAUAUAAAUAACGCUACCGAACAGAUCAAAAAUAAUCCCGAAUUGGAAAGAUCGUGGAACAACGUUAAAGCCAAGCUGAGCAAAGUUGUUGACGACGUUAACGGUGGAAUCCCGGACGCUCAGCAACAGGUCGCUGACUUGCAAAAUAAAUUCCAGCAAGCAGUCCAAGCCAUACUCAAGGAAUCCGACACUACCGCUAAAUCUCUGGGCCAGUACUCCGGCAAAGUUCAGGAAGAGAUUGCAAAGUUGACGAAACAGGUUGUCGGUAUCGCCACGGAAGCAACGCAGAAUCUAAACAAUCAACUUCAGGCCGCCACAGCUCAGAAAAGCUAAAAUAAAAUUUUUCAAUUAAUAAUCCCGCAAAAAGAAUGUAUAUAUGUUUUUCAAUUUUUGUAUCAUACGCUGUGGCUAUGAAUUAAAUAACUUACACCGAUUGAAA